UUAGCGCUGAAUAGCUUGACAAGGUGAUAGUGCAAAAGCAAGCAACAUCGGAUUUUUUUUUGUGUCCAAAAGGUGCAUUUUGUUGGCGCAGCUCGAGCAAUUUUCGGUCGGCAAAGAAGAAAGUGUCCUCCGCAGCAAUUCGGGGUGUAGUGCAUUCCUUGCGAAAGUGUUGCCGUAUGUUGUGUUUGGGUGCGUGUUUUGUGCGUGUUACUUUCGUGCCCGGAACAGUAGCUGCCAUAUUCUGCCCAGUGCCUUCAACGUAGCUCGACGGAAUCCAAAACAAUUUGUCUGCCUGCGCUCAGUGCACAGCAAACAAUCUUUGUCAUCUUGGGUGCUACCACCACCAUCACCAGCAGUGCCAGGGUGCCAGGGUGCGGGGAUACGCUAGGCAAGGAAACGCGAACGCAAAGAAAUCGCCAACAGGGUGUGCGGGCUGGUGUUCAGUGAGACAAGCGUACGAGGAGUAAAACCAGCUGUAAAAUGUUAGCCCUACUGAACCGCAUCCUGGACUGGUUCAAAAGUCUGUUCUGGAAGGAGGAGAUGGAGCUAACGCUCGUCGGGCUGCAGUAUUCCGGCAAGACAACUUUUGUCAACGUAAUCGCCUCAGGACAGUUUUGCGAGGAUAUGAUACCGACCGUCGGCUUCAACAUGCGCAAGGUGACGAAAGGAAAUGUCACGAUUAAGGUGUGGGACAUCGGAGGUCAGCCGCGUUUCCGGUCCAUGUGGGAACGGUACUGCCGGGGUGUGAAUGCAAUCGUGUAUAUGGUGGAUGCUGCGGAUUUGGAUAAAAUGGAAGCAUCGCGCAAUGAAUUGCACUCGCUGCUCGAUAAACCGCAGCUGGCCGGAAUUCCGGUGUUAGUGCUUGGCAACAAGCGGGAUAUUCCCGGGGCACUGGAGGAGACUGGACUAAUCGAUAGAAUGAAUUUGUCUAGCAUACAGGAUCGGGAGAUCUGUUGUUAUAGUAUUUCUUGCAAAGAAAAGGAUAACAUCGACAUCACCCUGCAGUGGCUAAUCGCACACUCGAAGAGCCAAAGCCGUUAAACGGUGUGCGGUGCUCUAGAAUCAAAAGUAGAAGCUCCUACGCGUGUGUUGUUCGGGCCACCACCACCUCCGGGCGAGGGAGUAGACUUCUGGCCUGAGGCAACCACAAAUCCAAACCAGAACAGAGAGAAAGAAGAAGAAACAAAAUCUCAUAUUCUACCGUCGAGACGGCUGUCUCAAAACUUUAGCUGCUAAUAGUAAGCCGCCACCCCGAAGCAACAAAGGAAUUACAAUGUGGAUAGUGCGUGUGCGUGUGUGUGAGAGACUGUGAAACCUGUGGACGAAGAUCAAUCAUUAGGCAACGAGUCGUGGCAACGCGUGGCGCAUCUGAAUGACAUUGGGAGGUAAGCGUUUACAGUCAUAUUUACAAUAUUCUGCUACAUGGGAGAGUACAAUAUGGUGUGGGCUGCCAUGUGGGACUCUUGCUACUGAUCAUAAUGGCAUUAGGAGAGAGAGAGAGAGAGUGGGUAUACAAACCUCAGCAAAACGCCUGUCCAGAUGCGUCGUGACACACUAGAGUUGUAUUAUCAGAUCACAUGGUGAUGCGAAGUCCUGUAGCAGCGAUCGCAAUUUAUCAGCCGCUUAAAGACUAGUGAACAGUAGUUGCCCCCAACAACCACAAGCACAGCCACAAGAACAAUGCGAUUUUGCUAAGCUAAUGAAAAUCCACUGGAAAAAUCCCGACGCCUAGGCAGUGCAACUGAUGCGUUUCGUUCUAAAAGCAGAAGAAAAAAACAGAAAGGCGUGACUGAUGCGAUAACACCGAUUGUCAGAGGGUAGUGCAAGAACGCAAAUUACGUACACCGCAUUGUUAUCGUUAGCCGGUUGUGCAUCGAUUGCAGACGAAACUGCACUGUAGAAUCGAUUGCUGCGAACUGAUGAUUUGCCAUUUGCCUAGAGCGUUUACCGAUUUCAUGUCUCUGCUUUUGACUCGGAUGGGCGUCAUUUAGCGAAAAGGGAUCGAAGCAGAAAAUAGAGCAAAGAGAUCGAGAUUUUUCAAGCUGGUUCCCACAACAAGCGUUUCACUGUGCGUUCCGAGAGAGUUAGGUGGAAAGUUACUGAAAGUGUUACAUUGAAUUACAUUAGCAGCCAGUUCGUUUUAAUGCAACUUCAGCAGCAGUUCACCGUAUCCUAAUACCUAUCGCAAAGAAUCGUGAGACAAUAGCGGCAUGAAUGGAGCGCAUGAAUGAGUGAUUGGAUGUGUGUGUGUGUAAAUGACAAUGUAUGCAUGGGUUCGAGAACUUCUGCUAGCAAAAAGAAAACAUUUUUCAUUUGAUAGUAGAUAAAAGCGAAAUGCGAUAAAUUAGCUAACCAGAAGUAAUCGCAACAACCUUACGUUAUCCAUUACUGAAACAAACAGGGUUCAGCCAGCUGAAACACAGCUUAGUGUGUAUAAUUUUGCAUCGUUUUUCGUCUGCUUCCAAGUGAAAACAAAAACAAGAGAAAAAAAACUGAGAAGGGGGAAAAUAUGUUGUUAUAUGGCACGAAAUUUUAUUUGUAAGACUUUUAGGCAUAAUCUUCCGUUUCCGUGUGUUUUGUUAACCGAAUUUCUUUCUUUUUUUUAACAACGGUCUUUAUGAUUUUCUUCCCAACGCGCGCUUUAAUUCGAAUGAUCUUCGGUUCGUGUAAUUCGGUUGCAAACUUUUGUGAUUUUUAAAUAUAGUUUUUGUAAACGUUCAAAUAGAAUACACUAUAUUACCAAGAACGCUAUACUAUCUAUCCAAAACGAUAAGACACAAACACGAUGGCCUCAGUAGUCGUGCUGAUGGAUUCCUGGAAGAAGCCAAGUGUUACAAUUCCCCGUCACGAAUAGAGAAAUCCAUUGCCGAAUUGAAAACAAGCAAAAAAAAACUCCAGUAAUAUGAGCCGUUAAAAUGGGGCCGUUAGAUAGUAGCGAUUUGAAAUAUGAACAAACAAAAAAGGAGGAAAAAGUUUGCGAUUCAAGAACAAAUGGUUGAGUGAAAAGAGGAGCAACAAAGGAAAUCGACACUGUGCAACAUUUGGGGGAAAACUAAUUAGUAAUCUAUCUUGAUACCAAUAAUAACAAACCAAUAGAACGUUGAAGUGUAUAUAUUGACAAGCAUACAAUUAUAACGCAAAACAUAUAUUAAAAACAAAACAAAAUAAAUCAAA